CUCACAGCCGGACAAUACAACGAUGCUUUGAUUAGCUUUGAUGCAGCCAUAAGUAACGAUCCCAAAAACUAUAGAACCUAUUACAAAAGAGCCACUGCAUACCUGUCUCUCGGGCGUACUAGUGCUGCCGUCGAAGACUUUACUACUAUCUUGAACCUCAAGCCUAACUUUGAUGCAGCGCUGAUGCAGCGUGCUCGUAUCUACGCCAACGAGGGCGAUUUUCAACUCGCCGAGAGUGAUCUAAACACCUACCUCAAGGCCCACCCAGUCGAUAAAGAAGCUGUUGAGUUGGAAGCCGAGCAAGCAACAACAAAGGCAGAAAAGGCUCUGAAGAACAAAGAGUACGAACAGUGCAUUGAUCACGCCUCCAAAGCAGUUUCUACAGCACCUCACUACCUGCGUCUUCGAAGAAUCAGAGCAGAGUGCUACAUUGCCAAAGGAGAUAUCGAAGAGGCAGCAAGUGAUUUGACGCGCGCUGCUUAUUUGUCUCCUUCAGACCCCGAUAUUCUGGUUAAACUUUCAAAGAUCAACUUCUUCUCACUCUACGAACCUCAGUUUGCCUUGGCAAAUGCAAAGCAAUGCUUGCAUCAUGAUCCUGAACAAAAAGAGUGCAAGAGCUUGUUCCGCCUGAUCAAGCGAAUCGAAAAGGAAAUGACUGGAAUUGCGAAGGAUGUUGAACACAAGCGGUUCGCAACCGCUGCCAACAAACUUAUCGGCACAUCUUCUAAAAAGGGUGUCAUCACAGAGAUCGAGGCCCAAGACAAGGCAAUGGAAGAAGAACUCAAGGCGGUCGGAAAGAUGCCCCGGAAAUUGGUGCUCAAAGGGUACGAGACGGCCUGCAAGCUCUACACCCAGCCAAAAAACAAAGACGCCAAAAAGGCCAAGAAAUGGUGCUCGGCUACUCUGGAUCUAGACGAGAACAAUGUCGAUGCCCUCGUGGCACGCGGUGAGGUGUUUUUGGACGAACAUGAGUUUGAAGAAGCGACGAGGGACCUAGAGAAAGCCAACGAGCUGACGGGUGGGCAGAAUGGAAAUAUCCGCCAGUUAUUGCAGCGAACACAACAACUGCUGCGUCAGAGCAAGAGACGUGAUUAUUACAAGAUCCUGGAUGUCUCUCGAGACGCUAAUGCACGUGAUAUCAAAAAGGCAUACCGUAAGCUGGCUCACUCGUGGCAUCCUGACAAGUAUAGCGGUGACCUGUCCAAAGAAGAAGCAGAAAAGAAAAUGGCUGAAAUCAACCAGGCUUACGAGGUAUUGAGUAAUGAUGAAAUGCGUCAACAGUAUGACAAUGGCAACGACCCAUUUGAUCCCGAAAGCCAGCAACAAGCAGGAGGACACGGAUUCCAUGGCCAGAAUCCAUUU